AUGGAGUCCUUCAGCGUAGAAAGAGAAAUCAAACGUCCGUUAGCCGAUUUUCCAGCCAAUAUUUGGGAUAAUCCACUCAUCUUCUUCUCUAUUUCGGAUUCGGGAGGUGAUGCGUACAAAGAGAAACAUAGCGCGCUGAAGGGGCAAGUGAUGGAAAUGCUUAUGGCCUCCAAAGCUAAUCCCGUAGAAAGCCUUAAGCUCAUUGAUGUGUUAUGUCGUCUUGGAGUAUCCUACAAUUUUGAAAAAGAGAUAGAAGAUCAACUCAAUACGGUUUUCGGUAUUCGUGACCUAAAUGACACGAUAGGUGACGAAAAAUAUGAUUUAUCUACCGUUGGAAUUAUUUUCCAAGUUCUUAGGCAAUUUGGCCAUAAACUCUCUGCCGAUGUGUUUGAAAGGUUCAGAGAUGAAAAUGGAAAGUUCAAGGAAAACUCUGGAGUCGAUGCUAAGGGCAUGCUAAGUUUGUACGAAGCUGCACAUUGGAGCACUCAUGGCGAAGAUAUUCUAGAUGAAGCUCUCAUUUUCUCGAAAUCUCGUUUGCAAGUGUUGGCUUCUAAAUCCAGCCCCCAUAUCCGAGAGCGCAUAAAAAACACUCUAAAACAUCCAUACCCCAGGGGAAUUACGAGGAUAGAGACGAGACAAUAUAUAUCGUAUUACCAAGAAGAAGUACCGCACGAUGAAACGUUGCUCAAAUUUGCUAAGUUGGAUUUUAACAUACUACAACUGCUACACCGUGAAGAACUCGCCUAUGCGACUAGGUGGUACAAAGAUUUGAAGACCGAUUGUAAAGUACCAUAUGCUAGAAAUCGGAUAGUUGAGUGCUACCUGUGGGCACUUGGAACAUAUUUCGAGCCGCAAUAUUCGCGGGCACGAAUUAUAGUGGCAAUUACUAUACAAUUAUUAACAAUUCUUGAUGACACAUAUGAUGCUUAUGGCACGAUGGAGGAACUUGAACUUUUCACAGAUGCAUUGAACAGGUGGCUUCCUACAGCCCCCGAAGAGUUACCGGAUAAUAUGAAGUAUUUCUACAGUAUUCUGGUAGAUUAUUAUGACAAACUCGAGGAGGAGAUGGAGAAAGAAGGAAGAUCGGGAUGUGGAUUCCAUGUGAAAAAAUCUAUAAAAUCAUUGGGGAGUAGCUACUACCAAGAGGCGAAGUGGUCAAAUGAAGAUUACAUAGCCAUGUUUGAUGAAUACAAAGAGAACGGAGUUUUUUCCAACGGCUACUAUUCAACGGUAGCAACAUCCUUUGCAGGAAUGACUGAUGUUUGCAAACUUGAUGUCUACGAAUGGUUAAGCUUACAGCCGAAAGUCCUCGUAGCUUCUGAAAUAAUUACUCGAUUCAUGGACGACAUUACAAGCUACGAGUUUGAACAUAAACGAAAACAUGUCGGAACAGCAAUCGAUUGUUAUAUGAAACAAUAUGGUGUUUCCAAGGAAAAAGCCACAGAAGAGAUUGAAAGGAUUAUCUCAGAGACAUGGAAGGAUCUGAACCAAGAACUAAUGAGGCCUUACUCUAUGCCUCGUCCUAUCCUAAUCCGAAUUCUUAACCUCACACGGGUUAUUGAGGUAUUCUACAAGUACCAAGAUUCCUACACCCACCCGGAGUUCUUGAAGGAUUAUGUCGUCUCCUUAUUCACCGAAAGCAUUCCCGUGUGAGGGUGGUUUCAGCAAACUCUGGGAAUUUCAUACAACCACUCUCUACUUAAAGAUUCUACAUAGCUAUCAUAAGAAAUAAUAUCCCAGAAUGUUUUUUUUUUCCUCUUAUAAUUGCACUAUGUGAAAUAAGUGGGUGGACAGUUCAUGCUUUCUGCAUUCCUCCAUCUUUACUC